ACUGGUAGGUUGUAAUAGUUUUAGAGAAGCCGAGCAGGUGAGGUCAGUUCUUCCCUCUCUCUGACACUGGUGAAACAAUUUGAUCAUGACGGAUUCUGCGAAAGGCGAAUUCCAGGAGUUCAAGAAAGUGAAAGUAUGGGUUGAGAAGAAAUCUAGAUGCAUGACGUUGUACGCAAGAUGGUUAGAUGUCACUUGGGGUUUCCCUCCAUACUGGGUUUGGAAUUGUUACAAAGAAAUGAGUGAAGACAACGUUGAGGUAGUCAAGCUAAUGUCUGUAUGCUGGGUGAAUGUGAGAGGACAAUUCAAAAUGUCAGAGCUCUCAGCAGGAGUUGUGUAUGAGAUUGCAUACAAAGUCAAACUAACAAAUGGAGCAUUUGGAUGGGAACUUCCUGUAACUGUUAAGAUCAGAUUCCCAGACGGACGGGAGCAAAAGCGGCAAUAUAGUCUGUUUCAGAAGCCGAGAGGGGAGUGGAUUGAGCUUAGUGGUGGUAGUUUUGAGGUUAAGGGAGAAGAAAAUGGAGAGGUGUGGUUUGAUCUUUGUCAACAUGGGGGGCACUGGAAGAAGGGGCUUAUCAUCCAAGGUAUCAUCAUCAAGCCGGCUGAAAAGAUUGACUAGACGGCCAUUAUUUGGUUAUCAGAAAUAAAAGAUACAAGUGUAGGAUUUUUUUGUUGCUGAUCAUUGCUAGCUGAAGUCUUUCUCCAAUGGCUCUGGCAGGGAUUUGUUGUACAUGUAAUACUAUCUCUUUCUUUUUCUUUA